AUGAUCAUGCGCGGCAUCCCGGACCGCGCCGGCGCCAUCAUCCGCAACUGCGCCAAGGACAACACCAACGCCGACGUCGUCGCCAAGCAGGACGUGAUCCAGGGCAUGCGGCCCGGCAUGUCGGUGGGGUCCUCCUCCUCGAGUUGGACCGCUCGCGGCGGGACGCGAACGCGGCCGAAGCCCGCCGGGGGCGGCGGGGGCGGCGGCGGCAGCGGAAAGGGCCGUUAUGUGCCGUCGGCCCUCAAGCUCAUGUCGCCCUGCUACCAGACCGUGAAGGCCCUGGCGGACAGCCAGGCGAACUUCGUCCUCACCAACCCAAACCUCCCGGACUGCCCGAUCAUCUUCGCGAGCCAGGGCUUCCUCGACCUGACGGGGUACGACGGCAACGACGUGAUCGGCAAGAACUGCCGCUUCCUCCAGGGCCGCGGGACCGACCCGGUGACGCUGUCCAUCAUCCGGAACAACGUCGCCGCCGGCCUGGACACGAGCGUCUGCAUCCUCAACUACAAGAAGGACAAGACGCCGUUCUGGAACCAGCUGUCCAUCGGCGUGUUGCUGGAUUCGCACGGGCAAGCCGCAAACCACGUGGGCGUCAUGUGCGAGGUCAACCAGAUGCCACCCGCGGUCUUCCACCGCCUGUUGCACAGGGUACCCCUCCCGGAGAGCCUUCUGCACGACGACUCGGACUCCGACAACGAUGGACACGACAACCACCGCGUCUCGCGCGCCGAGGUUGCGGCGGGUUCUGCGGGACACUCGUCGUCGAGCGGCGGCGCCGGCGGCCGUCGCCGCUCUUCCCCGGUCUCGGGGGACGUCCCUGACAAGGGGGCGGGGGCGGCAGCGGCUUCCCCAAGGAUUGUAGAUCGACUGCACCGAACCCGCGCGGCGGCGGCGAUCUGCAACAGCAACAACGGCCCCGCUGCUUCGUCUUGAGAUGCGACAAAUCAGGGGCGAGGGGGGGAGGGUUUCCUUCUUUUCAUCAAGGAGGAGAAGGAGGGGUGGUUUGGCUAAGUAAAAUACGUGUAGGCGGCGAGAAAACUUGUUGUCUCGCUUGCGAUCCUGCUGCCGUGCGCUUUUUUUCUGGCGUGCACUAUGCUCAUGGCAGAGUCGCACCCCCUCUUCUUCUGGAACCAGGGUGGGGAGGGACUUUUGUCCUACUGAGUAUAUUUACUGCACACAAGUCAGUUAUUGUUUUGUCGGUGCGUAAGUGUUCCAUGCAGGGGUGCAAGGUCUCGGGGGGUGAUCACAAUCAUAGCUAGAACUCUCGGUACGCCGUUGGCGCAGCAAUAGGGUCGACUAUAGGCCACUGUUGGGGGGGAGUGGUUGAAUACAUGCAUGCGCUUGUUUAGUUUCGCACACAACUUGCUACUGCCGGAGGUUUCAAGGGUUUUUAUGUUCUGGGCGUUUUUCGAUGCUUGGCGGCCGGGGUAUGGCAAUCGCCGAACCCUCCUAGACGGUCUGUACAUACUCUUUUUGUCAGUAGUGCUGCCUUCAGACAUGCAUCAUGUCCACCGGUGUCCCUUACUUGCCUGCCCGUUUCGACAACUAGUUUGUCGUAGAAAUCGAGCUGUAAGGGAGGGAGAGGAUUCACAGCAACGGUGGUUGUGAUGGUGAUGGUGAUGGUAAACGAAAGUUCCACAGCGUUUUUUUCGUGUGUGCGUGCGUGUGAUGUGUUGGUCUCUUCCGCCUGCUCUGUCGUGGCGGUCGGCUAACGCGACGCUCGAAGAGUCAGUUCUCUGUGGCGCUUUUUUCUUUUUUUUUGUUGUUUUCCUAGGAGGAACCCUAAUCACAAUCACUUACAUGUCGCUGACAGAUACCUCAAAGGGGUUGUGUCCUUUGCUCGGGUAGAGGAUGGAUUGAGUGGGGAGGAACCGCCGUGUUUCACGUCACGACCUACGCCUUGAACAUCUUUACUUCCUCGCGCAUGUAAAUUAGCGAAGGUGCGGAGUAGAGACGCGAGGCGGCGAAAACCUGCGUGGUUCUUCUUGCGUCGUCGGGUGUAUUCUUGGGCAGAAGAAGUGAGUAGGAUUCGACGCAAGCGCUCGAGGUGGCGUCACAGGCGCCCGAAUACCCUCCUCGAGUCAUGCUUAAUUAAUUUACAUCUAAGACCUUUCUCCCGCGGGGCGGGAUGCUGGUGGGUUCGGUGGCGUGAGCCGGAUCCAUACGAUACAAGCGGAUAUGUUUUGUGUAAUUGUUUACAUACGGGUUUGACGGUAAGCCGUAUGAGGUCUCACUGUUCGUACUAUGAAGGGUGUGUGUGUUAGUACGAGUAACGUGUCAUGCGGGGGGUGCCAGUAGUGCAAGUAAAGUGUAUGCCAACGGUGCCGCUCGGCUUUGAUUCGAAUCAAGAUAAUCGUUGAAUUGAUUCGUUGCGGGAUGUUGUUGUGUCUACAUUUGUUCUGUAGGCUAAGCCGGAAGCGGGGGAGAACUGCUGUGGAAUGAAAUCUCUUCCUUUGCUUCAUGACUAACAGAGAGGACCCACCCGCCUCACUCGCGUACAGAGAGAGUCGUGGUGGAUUGUUGCGCCUGAAGUCGGUGACAGUGAGCAGGGAGGGGGCGGGGCGAGAACAAGUUGUACUACUGGCGACCGGCCACACACACCAAAUGGUAGUAAGGCAGUUUCGAUAUUAAGCUAAAUGAAAUUUGUUUCU